AUGCAAACGACGACAUUAGAACCUGCUCGGGGAUAUCAGCUGACCGCGUCGCAGGUCGCGUAUCUGAAAACCCGCGUCGAUCAAUACCGCGACAAGAAGAAGAAAGCUGCAAAGGACAAGGUCGCGUCGUCCAGCGCCAGGGUGUUGAAGGAGGAUUACGAGCAGAUGACUCACCAAGCUAUGUCGCUUGAGAUGGAGAAGUCUUUGCGGAAGGCCGUUGGGCAAUGGCUUGAGCAGAAUGCUCUAUCCAGCAAAGGCGCGCCCAAACGGGUCUGGGGUAUGCGCUGGCAUGCGCGUCUCGUGUUUCAGUACUGUAACACCCGCGCAAUCGUUUUCCUCGCCAAGAUCCUGGCUGCCAGUCCCAAUCCCAACAUCCCCGACCUUCGUGAUUUGUACGAGGAUCCUGACCUCGUCAUCCCCCCCGACCAGUCCAUUGAGGACUUCUUGCCCGAUGACGCCCACUCUGACGACGACAGCGCUCCGACAACAUCACCUUUCGCCAAAUAUCAAACCGCGACCUCUCUCCUCUGGGGUGCGCUCGAUGAAGCCGAGCGUGCUGACUAUGCAGCAAAGGCAAAGCAGUGGAAGGAGCAGGGCCCGCCUCUCGAGGAGAAACUUCGCUGCGCAGAAUGUUACAUUCGCGCAAGAUGUAUGGAAUUCUCCCUCGCUCUGCAUAACGACAUGGAUGCCCGUGUUUUUCUACUUAUCGGCUACCGAGAUGAGAAGAAGGAACCAGUCGCCGUGUCUGUUGAGUUCAACCGAGAGCUGGGUGCGUGUGAAGAGUCGUUCUCGACGGCGUAUCCCAAGGAAACCACGACGAUCGAAGACCUGUGGAGGGAUUGGGUGAGCGAUCAAUAUGGCCAGGAAGCGAGGGGAGAGUCUUCUGGAGGGAAGCUCACUAAAGUCAGAGGGAGACCGCUCGAGACGCUUGAGUGCGACGAACUGGGGCGACCUCUGCUCCCUCCCCUUUAUGCUAAGCCGCGCACCCCAAACCUGAACGCAUGGCUUGGAGAUGUUUUUCGAAGCUACUUCACUCGUUACUACGAGAUACACGUCACCGGUAAAGCACUCCCGGAAGUGGUUCCUCCUAACAGUGACCGAUCUUCUGCGCCUUGGGCUGCAUUAGCCGAAUUUCGUGAUCAGUGCUUCGACGAGACUUGCUUCGACAGAGAGCUUUGGCCGUUGUUCAAGGACCCUGCGCAUAUGAAGGUGGGCCCCCAGUUGCAGUAUUACAACUACUUCCUCAGCCGCCAGGAGGACCCUUCGGUUGAGGAAGUCUUUCGUUUCAAACUUGUGCCCGUUCGAACUAAGAAUGGCUACAAGCUUGUAUCCCCUAGUCCAAGGAAACCCGGUUCCAUUUCACCCUCUCCGGAACCACCGAAGAAGAGGAGUGCAAAGGGCAAGGAGGUGGAUCGUAGUCGACGUGAUGCAGGUUUUGGCAGCCCCUCAGUCCGGUCUCAGUCGCCCCCACGACGUUUUGGCGGGUUCUCCCCUCAUCAGUCGCCUGUGCCAUCGUUCGCCGGGUUUUCGCCUACACCCUCGCAUCAGCCAUCCCCCCCUCCUCCACCAUCCCCAUCAUCGUUUGGAGGGUUCUCCCCUCGUCAGUCACCUGUGCCAUCGUUCGCUGGUUUUUCGCCUACACCCUCGCAUCAGCCAUCAUCCUCCCCUCCAUCGCCCCCAUCUGCGUUUGGCGGCUUCUCCCCUCGUCAGUCAACUGGACCUUUGUUCGCCGGGUUUUCCCCUGUCCCGUCACCUUUACCAUCCUCCCCAUCACCUCCGCCAGCUUUCCUCGGCUUCUCCCCUCGCCAGUCACCUGCACCAUCGUUCACCGGGUUUUCGCCUACCCCCUCGCCUGGACCCUUAUCUCAACAAGGUAGCCAUGGUCCAUCAACUCCGUCAUCGUCACCAGUACCUCGCGUGGACGUAAACCCGCCUGGCAAGACACCGGGGAGUUCUCGUGUUCCCAAAAACAUCGGUUUGGGCCUUCAGGUUUUGCCUAACGAGGUGCUCAAUUUGCCUAGGACUACAAGGGGAGCUGCACGGAAGAGGGCUGCUGAGGACGAGCUACCACAGCCUCCUCGGCGAAGUCGUGGUCGCGCAGGCAGGGGAGGGAGGGGCGGCAAGGGCUAG